GCUCCUUUUCCUUUUUCUUACUCAACGGCUCCCCCUCGACGAGCCCAAUGCCCCUUUUUAAGCGACGGGAUGGGAGUGGUCCCGCGCCGAACGCCACGAUUCGGGAGAAAUAUGAUUUUCGUGAUGUCCUUGGGACGGGAGCUUUUUCGAAGGUGUUCCUAGCCGAAUCAAAAAGUGAUGCCGGUCAGAUGUAUGCAGUCAAAUGCAUUGACAAAAAAGCACUGAAGGGAAAAGAAGAAUCACUGGAAAACGAGAUUAAAGUUCUGAGGAAGCUCCGACACAACAAUAUUGUUCAACUAUUCGAUACAUACGACGAGAAGCAGUUUGUGUAUCUUGUGAUGGAGCUGGUCACCGGUGGAGAGCUUUUCGAUAGAAUUGUUGCAAAAGGGUCCUACACGGAACAGGACGCGUCGAAUCUUAUUAGACAGGUAUUGGAAGCAGUCGGGUUUAUGCACGACAACGGAGUCGUCCAUCGUGACCUGAAACCUGAAAACCUUUUAUAUUACAACCAAGACGAGGACUCCAAAAUAAUGAUCUCAGAUUUUGGACUUUCAAAAACCGAAGAUUCAGGAGUAAUGGCUACAGCGUGUGGAACACCGGGAUACGUGGCACCAGAGGUCCUACAGCAGAAACCGUAUGGAAAAGCAGUCGAUGUUUGGUCGAUUGGAGUUAUAGCGUAUAUUUUGCUUUGCGGAUAUCCACCAUUCUACGACGAGAGCGAUGCAAACCUAUUCGCACAGAUCAUCAAAGGAGAAUACGAGUUCGACGCGCCCUACUGGGAUCAGAUUUCCGAUUCGGCUAAAGAUUUUAUCACACACUUAAUGUGUUGUGACCCAGAAGCCCGAUUCACGUGUCAGGAUGCUCUGUCACAUCCGUGGAUCAGUGGAAAUACGGCGUACACACACGAUAUUCACGGAACUGUCGCCGUACAUCUUAAGAAGAGUUUGGCAAAACGGAACUGGAAAAAGGCUUACAACGCAGCCGCAGCAAUCCGCCAGCUUCAAAUGCUCCGUCUCUCCUCAAAUAGCAAUCGCCUACAGAAACAAGCUUCACAGCAGCAACCGGAGCCCCCUACACCCGCUUUUCACGCUUGAUGAUGUCCUUUUAAUACAGUAAUACGCUUUUGAUCUACCCGACCCCCCAAAGUCUCAGAGUUUCCACAGAAUUUGAACUCCCGAGAAAUCAAUCCGCGAAAAAAAGGGCGGACACACUUUUGCGGACGUGGCUUCGAAUUUUCUUAGGCUCCGCCCAUUUCUCCGGGUUUUCGUUUCCCCGGAAACUGUUUUCCUUGGCAACACUGGGACUCCCCGUCCACACACCCGCGCCGCGCAAACAUGCUCCACUGUGAUUUUUUUUUGAAAUUGUUUUUUUCGUUCGCAACUCACCCCAACCCUCCCUUUUUACAAUUCCUCAGUGUACAUUCCUUUUUUCCAAUUUUUUCAGCCACAGUACCCCCGCCCUUCCCCCAUGUACCUUUAAAAUGUAAUAUUUGUGAUUUUGAUCUCGUGAAACAAGAAAAACACUAUAAAAUGAAUUGUUUUGUACUUGAGAGUUUGAAUUUUCCCGGGAAUUGUGGCGUGGUGGGUGCAAACGCGCUCCAGUGUACAGUUUUAAAAAUUUAACAUUUGUUCAAAUUUUCAAAAAAAAAAGUCAGAUUAUGCACGAGCUCCAUUGAAAUUUUAAAAUGUUUCAAACUAAUUGUAAAACAUAAAAAAUCAGUGAUAAAGUUGUUAAAUUCAAAU